GAAUCGACGUUUUUGAUUGGCUAGGGUAAAAGUGUCAACCACCGCCCACAUUCGGUUUCCCUCGUCUCAUUUCACUGGUGAAAGAAAGACCAUGGAUACAGCUGGGAAAGUGAUCAAGUGCAAGGCAGCGGUGGCCUGGGAGGCAGGGAAGCCUCUGUCCAUAGAGGAGGUGGAGGUGGCCCCACCCAAAGCCCAUGAAGUUCGAAUAAAGAUCCACUCCACCGCGGUGUGCCACACUGAUGCCUACACCCUGAGCGGGGCGGAUCCCGAGGGCCUCUUCCCCGCCAUCCUGGGGCACGAGGGAGCCGGGAAGGUGGAGAGCGUGGGAGAGGGUGUCACCAAAUUCAAGCCAGGUGAUGUGGUCAUUCCACUGUAUGUGCCUCAGUGUGGAGAGUGUAAUUUCUGUAAAAAUCCCAAGACCAACCUGUGUCAGAAGAUCAGAAUCACCCAAGGCCAGGGGCUGAUGCCUGAUAAGACCUCCCGCUUCACCUGUAAGGGCAAGCAGGUGUUCCACUUCAUGGGGACCAGCACCUUCUCUGAAUACACCGUGGUGGCGGACAUCUCCCUGGCCAAGGUGGAUGAGAAGGCUCCGAUGGAUAAAGUGUGCCUGUUGGGCUGUGGCGUCUCCACUGGCUACGGGGCUGUUCUGAACACUGCUAAGGUGGAGGCAGGUUCCACCUGUGCCGUCUUCGGACUGGGCGCUGUCGGCCUGGCUGUGAUUAUGGGCUGCCAGGUGGUUGGAGCCACCAGGAUCAUCGGCAUCGACAUCAACCCCGAGAAGUUCGAGGUGGCCAAGCAGUUCGGGGCGACUGAGUGUGUCAACCCCAAAGAUCACAGCAAGCCCAUCCAGGAAGUGCUGGUUGAGAUGACUGACGGAGGGGUGGACUACUCCUUUGAGUGCAUCGGGAACGUUACCAUCAUGAGGGCUGCACUGGAGGCCUGUCAUAAGGGCUGGGGCACCAGUGUCAUCAUCGGGGUGGCAGGAUCCGGGCAGGAGAUCUCCACCAGACCCUUCCAGCUGGUCACCGGCCGCACCUGGAAAGGAACUGCUUUUGGAGGCUGGAAGAGUGUGGAGAGUGUCCCCAAGCUGGUGAAUGACUACAUGACCAAAAAGCUGAAGGUGGAUGAGUUCGUCACUCACACACUGCCCUUCGCCCAGAUCAACGAGGCCUUUGAUCUCAUGCACCAGGGAAAGAGUCUCCGUGCCGUUCUAAACUUCUGAUGUGCCAGUGGACAGGGAGCGGUCUCUCAUCAUCCUUUCUUUGUUGUCUUGGUCCUGUUCCCCAUCGCCUGGCACUUAACCUGUGGGCACUUAAGAUGCCGUCCUUUUGACGACCAUCAUAGUUUGUUUUGCUUCAUGUUUACGUCAAGGCACAACUGUUACAAUCACCACUCAUUAAAUUUGAGU